ACUUCUGAUAAAACUUGAGGAGAUUAAGAAAGAGUUUGAAGGAUUCUGGGCUCGACACGAGAAGAGACUUAAACAGGCACUGCUUCUACGGCAGUUUGAGGAGGAAUUUAAAUUAUACCAGUAUAAUGUAGAACGUAAGCUGGAAUGGCUACAGACAAGAAUGUCCCAGUUAGGAGACUCACUGGACAAGGUGGAGGAACUCUUCCAGGAAUUCGAGGAGUUUGAGACUGAAGCUCAG